AUGGUCAAUCCCCAGGUGGUCAUCACUCUGGUUGCCGGUGGAGCUGCCGCCGUAGUUGCUAUGGCCGGUGGCUUCCUCGCAUGGCUUCGGACUCCGGGACUUGACCAAACCCAACCAAAGUCCCUUCUAUCACCCGCGAGCAUCAUCUGCCACAGCCAUGAGAUGCUGGCCCAGCUUCAGCCGUCGGCCCCCGACAAGCCGGCCACACUCUUUUCGAUCCUCCGCCUCGAUCCUUCCAAGUCUCCGUUCGAUCCGGCCGACGAUUGUGCAUAUCCAUACAGUCCCAACUACAAAGCGGCCAAGCGGGCCGUUACGGACGCUUGGGCUAAGACGAGCGACAGCCACGAUGGAGACAUGCGGGAGUGGAGAGACGUCUUCUCGAUGGCUGCAUUUACGCUGUUGAAUGAUACUUCUCGUAUAAUUUACAUGAAGAACGUUCUGCCUAACCUCAUCAAGGCAAAGGGGAAGGGAGGCUCGGACAAGGUUCUGCAGGAGUUUUGUGACAAGAUCUUCUUGGCAGGAUUCGCUUCUGGCUUUGCACUGUGCCUUGGCUCCAUCACUGUCGUCGAGAGGCGGAAACAUCAUCAGGUCUUUAUUGCCGAGAUUCCAUCGCUCGACACAGUCUCCAUGGCGCCUACCUUGCGACCUCGACCUCGUCCAUCUCACGACAAUGGAGAUGAUGAAACUGCCCCCAGCAAAGAAGAUUCCCCUCCUCCUUCGCCUCCUCCCCGUUCUAUAGAUGCUGAACCACACCCCACCCGAGGCUUCAGAGUUGUGCGCUGCACCAUUGGUCUGGUCAACCCCCACACCAUGGCCCUGGAUACGCAGAACAUAGAACUCUGCUUCCACGACGACUUUGUAGCAUCAGAGGAUCGGCCCUUAUCCCUUCACCUGGACCAUCGUCACCUCAGUAUAUAUGACAUACCCCCUCUGCUGACGGCACCCCCACCGCCUGGAGCCAUCUUCGACCUUGGGAGGGUAGAUGUCAUUCCCGAUAACCCCGAGUUAGUGAUACUAUUAGAGAGACAGAUACGGAGAGAGCUUGCCGAGGAGAUGCAGCGCCGGGCCCCAGAGACGCAAUCUAUUCGGCAACGCGCCAUGCACCUGACUCAUAUCGGAGGCAACUUUAUCGAGGCAAACCGGGGUCAUAUUGUCACAAUUCUACGCCUACUGCUGGGAGUCUUGGUGCUCACCUUGAUUCAAUAUGCCUACCUUUCCGAAACAUCAGAGCCCACCACUUCACCCGUGCCACUGGUUCCUCUAGUCAACUACAUCACCUCGGCCGUCCUCGACACCACGCAACUCACUCCCAUCAUUUUCUUCAGUCCCUUCUUCUCCCCCACCAUCACCAACGGCAGCAUUAACAGCACAGACAAUCCGGAAGAAGUCAUUAGUAAGUCGUACAUACUGGACCAGACUUGGCACAUGACCGAACAUCUCUGCUGGGACUUCCUACAUAAGAGGUUUUCGGCCGAAGAGUUCAGAAGGUAUACAGCCUCAGACCAGUCAUUCACUGCGAGGCACCGCCUUCUUAAACCGGGGCUUUGGGAGUAUGCCGGGAUUCGCUGGCGAAAUGUUUCAGAAACAUGGGCAAGGGGCAAUAAACUUUACACCAAGGCAAGGUGGGAGUGGCCUAGCCUUGCCGUCGAUGUGUUUGUAGCGUGGACGCGUGACAUGGAGUUUUUCAUCAGGCCUGCCGCCGCAUAUUUGGAAUAUGUCGACGUCACCUCAGCCUCCAGCAUGUUCAUCGCCCCAGAGACGGGCUCGCCGAACGCUACUACUUAUCCUAGGAACUUGAUCGCCCGGGCUGCUCUACCAAAGGAAAUACCCCCAGAAGUAAGGGAUAUCCUGGACGCCUACCGUGACUACAUGGCCCGACGAAACUUUUUGAGUUUGUCCUGCGAGUUCCUCCAAGAUUGCGCAGCUCCUCUGCCCGACUCGGCAUCAAGCCAUCAAGUCGUCCACCCCAGCUGCCAACUCUGCCGGGCUAGUGACUGCUCCUCGGAGGCCAUGAUCAAGAACCUCGAGGAGUGGUCUGCGACUGCGCGCGCCAGAAACCUGCCAUGGAGUGACUUGGCAGGGUUUCAUCGGCCGAGGGCAGAGACCCGUAUGGCCGAGUACUUUUGGCCCAACAAGACCGAGGUUCCUCUUCUGUUUAACCAGGCCAUGAUGCUUGCACAGCUCAAGGAUGUCAUGAGCCAGGUGGUAGAGACUGUCGAGGUCGUCAAGCACGCCGACCAGAAGAUCCAGGACAAGGGCAUCUUUGCUCGUAUCAAGGACCGGGUCCAGGGCGAACCAGUCUUGCCGGAUCCUGAAGGCGACAUGAAACAGUUGAAGGAGAUGCUGCAGGUUCGCUUCUGGCAUCAACUCCGCGAUGCUGUUCAGGGUGUCCAAGCAGUCAGCGGCAUUUGCGACGAGCUGUCAACCCUCUCAUCCCUCGUCAAUAAGCUAUACUCUCCAGCCAACUGGAUCAUUGAGGAGGGCAAGUCGACCGUGAUGCUCCAGAAGAUGGCUCACCCCAAGGACCAGGCCAAGGCCCUGAAAAACCUCUUGUCCGAGAUGGAUCGACGAUUGGGCGUGCUUGACGGGUACUAUCAACUGUGGGCUCAGGCGGAGAAGAAGCAAGAUGAAAAAUAUCUAGCAGAGUGGUGGAGCGGAGAAUGA